AACGUAGUGUUAAAUUUAUAUAAUACUUUCUUCUAAUAAAGUCAAUAUCACAGUACUUCUAUGGAUUAGUGCAGUGGUAUGAUGUAACCAUGACUGCUGGAAUUCUUAUCUAGUGUUUGUUCAAUAAGUUUGCAAUUUGGGUUUACUCAGUUCUCAUAAUAACCUAUAAAAGAAACAUAAAUAUGGGAAGAAAAGUUUGCCUGGCUGUGUCCACUCUCAAUCAAUGGGCUCUGGAUUUUGAAGGGAACCGAGAGAGAAUAUUGGAGAGUAUACUUGAAGCAAAAGAUGCAGGUGCUUCUUUCCGCAGUGGUCCUGAAUUGGAAAUUUGUGGAUACAGUUGUGAAGAUCACUACUAUGAGAGUGACACUUUUUUACAUAGUUGGGAAGUCUUCUGUGAAAUAUUGAGUGCUCCGCUAUGCAGAAACAUGCUCAUAGAUGUGGGAAUGCCUGUCAUGCACAAGAAUGUAGCAUACAAUUGCCGAGUGGUCUUCUUCAAUCAGCAAAUUUUACUAAUCAGACCCAAAUUAAUGAUGUGUGAUAAUGGUGCUUAUAGGGAAUCCAGGUGGUUUUCUCCAUGGAAAAAGAUAAGGCAAGUUGAGGAUCAUUAUCUUCCUAGGAUGGUGACAGCUAUAACUGGCCAAACCAAAGUACCAUUUGGUGAUGCUGUAAUAGCCACUAGAGAUACUUGCAUUGGAUUCGAAAUUUGUGAGGAAUUAUGGAAUCCAAAGAGUAGUCACGUUGAUAUGGGUUUAGAUGGUGUCGAAAUUUUUGUCAAUAGUUCAGGAAGUUAUACAGAACUACGCAAAGCAUACGUGGUUUGCGAUUUGGUUAAGAGCGCAACGUAUAAAUCCGGAGGAUGCUAUUUGUUUAGCAAUUUAAGAGGAUGCGACGGGCAAAGAAUAUAUUUUAACGGAGGUUCCUGCGUAGCAUUGAACGGGCACAUCCUUAGCCAUAGUAAGCAAUUCGCCUUACAAGAUGUGGAAGUAACUUCAGCUACAAUUGACUUGGAAGAUAUACGCAGUUACCGAAAUGAAAUGCGUUCUAGAUCACAUAUGAGUUCGGAAUCGCCGUCUUACCCUCGAAUCAAUGUUGACUUCUCAUUAUCAUCUGAUGAUGAUGCCGUCUUGCCGAUUGCUAUACCAAUUGAAUGGAAUUACUUGAAAGCCGAAGAGGAGAUCGCGCAAGGCCCAGCAUGUUGGCUCUGGGAUUAUCUACGAAGAUCUGGACAAGGCGGUUUCUUCUUAUGUCUUAGCGGUGGUGCAGAUUCCUCAGCAACAGCUUUGAUAGUAUUUUCAAUGUGCAGAAUGAUCGUGCAAUCUAUUGAAAUAGGAGAUGCAAAAGUUCUCAGUGAUAUUAGGAAAAUUUUGGGUGAUCAUGAGUAUAAGCCAAAUUCAGCUACGGAAUUAUGCAAUCGUAUCUUGGUGACUUGUUACAUGGGUAGCGAAAAUUCGUCGAAGGAAACUAGGAACAGAGCUGCCACGUUGGCUGCUCAAAUUGGAAGUUAUCAUAUGCUCAUUUCUAUCGAUAAGGCUAUGAGUGCAGUUUUGGAAGUGUUUAGCUCGGUCACUGGUCUAUUCCCAAAGUUCGCUUCUAGACGCGGAUGUGCUAGACAGAAUUUGGCUUUGCAGAAUUUACAAGCCCGUCUGAGGAUGGUGUUUGCCUAUAUGUUUGCACAGUUAAUCUUGUGGGCAAGAGGACGUCCGGGUGGUUUACUAGUUUUGGGUAGCAGUAAUGUCGACGAAGCUUUAAGAGGCUAUAUGACAAAGUACGACUGCUCCAGCGCCGAUAUAAAUCCAAUUGGUUCGAUUUCAAAAUUAGAUUUAAAGAUGUUCCUUCUCUAUGCAAAGGAUAAGUUCAAAAUUAGUGUCAUUGAAGAGAUCGUAGCUGCGCCAGCGACAGCUGAAUUAGAACCAUUGGUCGAGGGUCAAAUUGCGCAAACCGAUGAAAACGAUAUGGGUAUGACCUACGCCGAACUGAGUGUUUUCGGAAAGUUACGUAAGCAACAAUAUUGCGGACCCUACUCUAUGUACUGUAAGUUGGUACAGACUUGGUCUUCCAACUACACACCCAAAGAAGUGGCAGAAAAAGUAAAGCACUUCUUCAGAUGCUAUGCCAUCAACAGACAUAAGAUGACGGUUUUGACACCAUCUUAUCAUGCAGAAAGUUACAGUCCUGAUGAUAAUCGUUUCGAUUUGAGACCCUUCUUAUAUCGAGCUAAUUGGUCUUGGCAAUUUAGAGCUAUAGAUGCUCAUCUCGAAACAACUCAUGCUAAAAGGAGUACCUCUAUGGGAAGCAUGAAGAAAACAGACAAUCAAAAGAUUCGAAGUGGAAUACAUGUAUGAUAUGAGAGCUUCGCCUUACGUUCCAAAUGUUUUAUUAUUUAAUGAAAGUGUUUGAUUAUUUGUAGAUUUAAGAUUAUCCAGAGUAUUGUUAUAACUAUGCAUGUUGUUUUUCUUAGAUUUAA